AUGGCAAAUUUAUUUGAAAGUGAUUUCGACCUCAACGAUGUUGCGGACAAUGUUAUGAACAUAUUUCUUGCCUUUAAGAAAAAGAAUGAAGAGGAGGAGAAUAAAAAGGAAGAAAAUGAAAGAAAAAAAGAAGAAGAUGAAAGAAAAAAGAAAGAAAAUGAAAGAAAAAAGGAAGAAGAAAAGGUUCAUAAUAAAACGGGAGAAUCAAUUGAAAAUUUUGUCGAUUUAGACAACUUUGCGGAAAAUGUCUUAAACAUCUAUUUAACAAACAAAAACCAUGAGGAGGAUGAAGAAAAGAACGAUAAAAAUAACAUCAAAACGACGGAUAAAUCAUUAGAAAAUGAAAUAGAUCAACAACAGAACAGAAACAAGGGCGUAUUGAAACAUAAACCGGGUAACAAGAGGAUGAAGCCUGAAUCAUGGUUAGACGAUUUGCCAGAACAACAUUCACAAAAACAGCAACAAACUCAUCAACCACAACACAAACAAGCAAAUAUACAACAGCAACAACAGUUUCAACUACAACAACAACUUCUACAAGAGAAGGCUAAAGUAGAAAAUUUUUCGUGGUUCGACAAUUCGGAAUCGUUGACGAAUUAUGAUAUUCAGUCAGCUAAAGAAGAACAACAAACUCAACAGCCACAACACGAACAACAUAACAAACAUGCACAACAAAAACUACAACAACAACAACUUCAACAAAACAGAGAGAAAGACAAAAAAGAAGAUUUUUCGUGGAUAAAAGAUUUACCGGAAGAAUUAAAUUAUUGUUUCCAGCCAAGCGAACAACCACAACACGAACAACACCAUGAACAAGAACAGCAAGAACAGUUUCAACUACAACAACUACAAGAAAAAAACUUUUCGUGGUUCGACGAUUUACCGGAAGCAUUGACGAUUUAUGAUAUCCAUUUGACAAAUUAUGAUAUCCCGUCAGCCAAACAACAAGCUCAACAGCCACAACACAAACAACAUAACGAACAUGUGCAACAUCAACUUCAACAAGAGCAACAACUUCAACAAGACAGAGUCGAGGAUAAAAAAGAAGAUGCUUGUUGGCAAGAAUUCAUUGAAAGUGUUAGGAGAGUUGCCAGAUCUGAUUUUUACGGAUGUGCACUAUUUAAUAUCGACACACGCAGCAAUUCCAGCACAAGCAGCUUCAACAACAACAGCUUCAACAACAACAGCUUCAACAACAACUUUUGCAACAGCGGCUUCAACAACCGCAGUAUCAACAACAACAGCUUCAACAAGAGCAACUUCAGCAACAGCAACAACAAAAGAUUCAACAACAACAGCUUCAACAACAACAGGUUCAACGGCAACUUCCGCAACGGCAACUUCCGCAACGGCAACUUCCGCAACGGCAACUUCAGCAACAACAGCCAACAAGACAGAUCUUAUAUCUGCAACCCAAAAAUGUUCCAAAUAAACAGCAAAGAUUACAGCCACAACAACUCCAAUCUACACAACAGCAACUUCAGCAACCGCAGCUUCAACAAUCUCAGAUUCAACAUCAGCAGUUUCAACAACAGCUUCAGCAACAGAAUUUUCAGCAACAGCAUUUUCAGCAACAGCAUCUUCCGCAACAACAACUUCAACAGCACCAUUUUCAGCAACUACAACAACUUCAACAACAGCAAUUUCAAGCCACAUCAACAAUCCAAUCGCAAACACAACGUUUGCCGCAACACACAUACAACCUAUCUCAAACUAACCAACAUCAUUAACAAUAGCAUCAACCAUUACAUCAACGACUGCAACUGCAACAACAUCUACAACUAUUUCAACUAA